AUGUUAACACAGCUGCACAAGUUACCCGUGAUGUAUGCAUCGACCAUAGAAAGAAUCAUUAUGAUGUGCUUCAUGACAGAUGACGCUCAAAAGUUAGGUCUGUACGCCUUCGAUGCAGCUUCAGAAUUUUCUUUCAAGUCCGAGCACGAUGAAAUGACUCUUAGUGUUCUGAAAAAUAGGGCAAGAAAAGGCAUGAGUUGGCAUGAAUUCUUUGAGACAGUAACUCUAUCAUUUAGCAAAAAUUGCGUUUCCGCGCAAAAAAUUACUCGCAGUAAUAAAGACACUCCGAGUGAGGAAUCAGUUGACAAGCGUCGCACCGUUUUCUCCGUUGACGAAUUACACCUUUCUUGUUAUAGUAUCGAAUUUAUAUUAGUUCGAACCACAGAAGACAUGCAAGCAUACAUCUUGGAGCGGAUGAUUAGAACACAACGACUGAUUUCUCAUCCAAAGGAAUACCAGAGGAUCUUGCUUCAAGUCAUGGGUGACGAGACUAUUAUGCGGGGUAAAUGUGAAAAGCUUAAUGUUGAGCUCCAAUCGCUGCAGAAGUUGUUUCUUCGUACCUUACAACAAGUGGAGGCCAAAAAAACGCGCCUGUUGGAAUUAAGAAAAAUUAUUAAUCUUGAAACGAAGAAGCAAGAGAAUAAUCCAUGGGUCACAGUCAGAGAAAAACAGCGGCGGGAAAAUCCUGGGAAUGCUGCAAGGGUACCCAAUCCACUUAUAGAUCACACCUGUAAAGACUUUGAUAAAGACUUACUGCGUUUAAUCAAGAGUCGUUGGAUUAAGGAGGAGCAAUGCGAUCUCGCAUCCCCUGCUAAUCGUGUAGUGCAGCCUUACUCUUCUGAGGAACUCGCAGAUAGAAUCAAAAACUUUAGUAAUGCUCAACAUCAGUCUAUAUGGGAAGCGCUCGAUAAAAUAGACGAUUGGGACUAUAGCGUAUUCGACAUACAAAUUGCCAUGACUGGCGAUCACUGUGGUUCUCUUUCUAAUCAACCAAAUGGGGGGUCCCUUUUUGUGACAUUGUAUGCUCUUUUAUGUAAGUACAACUUUAUGCAAGAAUUCGGAAUGGAUGAGCAGAUUGUGCUCAACUGGAUUAGCGUCGUAGAGGGUGGAUAUCACGCUAAUCCAUAUCAUAAUUCAAUGCAUGCUGCUGAUGUGGUACAAAUCACUCAUUACAUUAUUAGUAGGGGUGGGCUUGCAUAUAAGUGUGAGCUUACAAGGCUGCAAAUGUUCUCUGCCGUUUUUGCAGCUGCAAUCCAUGAUUUUGACCAUCCUGGUAUAAACAAUCAGUUUCAUAUCAGAACACGGAGCUACUUGGCCACACUGUAUAAUGACCGUAGCGUUUUGGAGAAUUUGCAUGUUAGCAAUGUUUUUGAGUUAAUGAGAAAUCCCGAGUUCAAUAUCCUAGCAAGCUUUCAUGAGGAACAACGAAGGGAGGUUCGCGAGACGGUGAUAGAGAUGGUGUUGGCUACCGAUAUGAGCAUGCAUGAAAAGUAUCUUGCACAGCUUAAAAAGAAACUCCAGGAACGUGCCGUGUUUACGAAUCAUGAAAACCAGAUUUUAGCUUUAGCAUUAGCACUAAAGAUGGCUGAUGUUUCCAACUGCGGGCGCCCAUUAGACAUAUACUUACAAUGGAGCGCAAAAAUAUCAGAUGAGUUUUAUCAACAAGGUGACCGUGAGAGGCAGUUGGGGAUGUACUGCAGUCCCUUCAUGGAUCGUCUUCAGCCUAGCAUGGGAAAAGGCCAGGUCGCAUUUAUAAACUUUAUUGUGAUUCCGUUUUUCGAACAAUUAGCGGUACUUCUUCCAGACCUACAUUUCGCUGUUGAUUUUGCAGAGAAAACGAAGAAAUACAGGUCGAUGCAUGAUAACUUGGAGGGGAACGGGAUUUCUAUAUGA